CGGCUUUGGGAAAACCUCACGAUUGAAGACGAUUCUUGCCUUUCUCGACCGCGGGACGGUGCGCAACACCCUUGUCUUUUCUUGGAACGGCCGAAUACACAAAGAUUGUACAAGUCCCUUUUUUGGCGAGAGAGCACUCUUUGAGUCGCUGGAGCUGGCUUCUAGAUCACCAUGGCGCACAAAUUCGUCCUCACAGCCUUCCUCACAGGCUCGCGUAUCCUCGGCCGGUCCUUCAUGGCCGCCUACCGACAAGCCCAAGCCUCAUCGCAGUAUCAGCGUGCGCAAGCAAAGGCCGGCGGCGUCGGCGCCUCAGGCCGCGCCUCUCUAACGGCGGGCAUGACCCUGGAAGAAGCCUGCCGCAUCUUGAACGUCAAGCCCCCUGCCAACGGCCAGGCUAACGUCGAGGAGGUGCUCGAGCGGUACAAGCGACUGUUCGACUCAAACAACCCGGAGAAGGGCGGCAGCUUCUACCUGCAGAGCAAGAUUGUACGCGCAAAGGAGCGAUUCGAGGCGGAGCUCGGACCCAUACGGGAAAAGGCUGAGAUGGAAGCUGAGGCGAAGGAGGGGUGGAAGCCCAAGAUUUACAAGGAUGAAUGAUGAGCGAGGCUGACGCGGACGACGUUGUUCGACUAAACGGCAUAAUGAGGCUUGGACGAGACGAGGGGCUUACGCGGCAAUCUCGCAUCAACUAACCAAAAGGAAAAAGAAAAAAAAUGAGGGCCACGACGGAUCUACACAUAGGGAAGCGAGAGAAAGCCCUCUUUUUAUUGUACACGUUUUCUUCUCUAUUUUUUUUAUUACCACAUCUUCACUCGGCACUUGACAGUGGCAUGGCACGGCGUUUAUGGAGGAGAGGACAUCUAGAGGCUUCGAAGCCACAAGGGGGAAAAAAAGAGAUUGGGUCUAGACCAAAGAGGAGAAAAAAACAAAGCAAAAGGCGUUUUGAAGUUUGAUAAUCAAAUACGCGCUGGCGGCACGCUUGUACUAUACGCAAAACAAUGUAACAUACCAACUUGUGUAAAUUGACGAUUAGAUGAAACCUCG